AUGGCCCCUGGACUCCCCAAUAUCGACAACCACCCCCUAGACCCAGGGGGGCAGGCGCUAGGUCUGGUGAACCCCGUAGGGGCCUAUAUAGGCACCCCAGCGGGGACAGCACCACCAGCGCCCCCCGAGGCAAGUGCAACAGUCCCUCAGAGCGAGGGCUUCUUGCCUAGCCUGGAAAUCAACCCUAGGGAGUUGUUUUCCCCCCUAAGCAGCGUGCCAGGCUCCCAGGAAGCACCUAAAACUCUAGGGAAGAGACUACAGGAACACAGCCCUGACGGGGCAGAAAGAGCCCCCAUGAAGGCCCUAAUCGGCCCAGCCUACAAGGACAUGGAACAGGCCUUAUUAGGCCACUUUGCAAGCAGCAAUAGCGCGCUGCACGCGGAGAUGGCCGCUAUGAAGGCCUAUAUGACCUCUCUGGUAGAGGCUAUGGAGCAGCGCCUCACAGGCCAAUUGGGCGCUCUGGAGCGCCGUUUCUCAACCCUAGAAGCUCAACAGGCCUCCCCGAACGCCCCAAACCACCCCCUAAAGCCCCUAUCGUCAGGGGGCGACCGCCAGGGCCCACGACAGCCUCUGCCAUCCCAGGGGACGACGUUUGCAGAGGUCGCCCAUGGCCCCCAAGCUAACCCGAAUAGGGCCGCUAAGCCCAUAGAGCCACGCAGAGCCUCACCCCCGAUAUCAAAACCACCCCCUGGGGUGAAGCCCGCAGCAGGCCCCCAGUGGGCCGAUAUAGCGGCCAGCAAUGCCCAGGAGUGGCAAAUCGUUACAAAAAAACGGGCUUACUCCCCGAACCAGCCCCCAAAAGUCCAAAUAGACCCAGGGAGCCUGAAGCCUAUUCGCGGAAGCAACAAGGGAGACCGCAGGCUUAUAUUUAGGCGUGAAAAUGGCCGCACCGCCCCUAGAAAGUCUAAAGCCGAUGUCAUCUUGCAGCUUAACCGCUGCCUAGCCCAGGCAGGCUUCCCGAACUUCGCCAGGGUAAUAGACGCCAAUUACACCGAAUCAGGGGCUAUCUCAGCCCUAUUGGACCAAGGAAGCACCGUAGGCUCGCUAUUACCAGCCUAUAAGGACCUAUUGGUGGCUGCCUGCCACCGGGUCGACCCCGCAGUCAUCUCAGUGGAAGCAGACCAACAGUGGCACAAGAUUAAGGUGCAUGCGGUGCCGGUAGCCCGCUAUAGCGCCUCAGGGCUAGGCCUAGCCAGGGAAGAAAUUGAAUUAGGGGGCACAUGCACCCUAAUGAGAAACCCUACCUGGAUCAAGCCGAUAGCGGCUAUCCAGACUAAUAAGCAGCGUUUCUCUACUAUCGUUAUAACAGUAGGAGGCCUAGAUGACGCCCGCAGGCUACUCGCCCGGGGCGUACGCUUCGGGGGCAACAGGCACCCUACCAGCCCCUAUCACGAAGUGGGUAAAGACACCGUUUGCACCCGAUGCUGCGGCAUUGGCCACCGAACUUAUAGAGGCUGCGGCACCCGACCACCACUCUGCACCGUGUGUGCUGGCGCCCAUGAAGCCCAAGAGCACACCUGCAACGUGCUAGACUGCAGGGCCCAAACAGGCCACCCAUGCCUGCAUGCACCCACUAAAUGCGGCAACUGUGGGGGGAAGCACCAGGCUGAUUCCCCGGGGUGCCCCAAGCUUCGGGAGGCCCGCCGGCGACUCCAUAAGCGCUUCCCUGGCGUAGAGGUCGUUAUGCCCCCUCCCCCCCCUGAAUGGACCGAAUGGGAAGGCGUUGCUGAGGAGGCUUCUCCCCCAACCACUACCCAGGACGCCCCCCAAGCCCCAAAGCUUAGGGAGGUCGAUGACGCUAUGGAAGAUGCCCCAGGGACAUCACCCCUACCGUACUCAUCCCCGUGGGCUCUAGAAGCGGGGAUAGAGCGGCAAAUAGGCAUUAUAUGCCUGCAAGAGCCUUAUAUUGCCUAUGACUUCUCCCACCCAGGCUAUCUGCUGUACUGGCCAGGGGGGGAGAAGCGGGAUCAACGGGUGCUUAUGGCCAUCCGUAAAGACCUUAUAGGGGCGGUUAGGGUCGAGAACCGCACUGAUUUAGUAGACCACCCCUAUUUACAGGCCCUGGACAUAUGGGAAGCACCAAUAAUUAGCGGGCAUGCCCCCCGACGCACUAGAAUAGUCAACUGCUAUGAUGUGUGGAUUGGGGCCAGUUACCGGUGGCAAGGGGCCUUCCCUAGACGACGCCGGGCCAUCGAGGACGCAGACUGGGACCUGCUUAUAGUGGGUAGGUGCCUAUUAGUGGGUGAUUUCAACGCCCAUAGCCCUUCGUGGAACCCACUGGCCAAGGGCCGGGUUAACGCUGAGCCCUUGGAACAGCUUAUAGAGCGGCACUCACUAUAUGUUAAUAACCCACUGGGGGAGGCCACACGCUAUAAGAAGACCGAGGGGGUGUCAAUUAUUGAUUUAGCGUUAUCCUCGCCAACCCUAGGGCCUCUGCAAGCCUGGGAGGUGGAUAAGGAUAAGCCUACAACAUCUGACCAUGAGCUUAUCGUCCUAGCCUGGGAAGCCCUAGAACCCCCCCCAGGAGGAAUCUCCGGGGAGAUUACUGGGUGGCAGAUAGAAGCUCUGCAGGUAAACGAGGAAGCCCUAAAGCUGGCCACAGCAGCUUGGGCCUCAGAGGCUGUAGGCCACCCCCCUCUUAGUGAUCAAUGCACCGAGGAAGACCUUGCUAGAGAGGCCAAUUGGGUGCAGGACACCCUAACCAGCGUACUCGAUAGGCAUGCCAAAGCAGUACGGCUUUGUGCACGCUCUAAGCGGUGGUGGAAGCCAGAGCUGCGGCAAGCCCGGAGCUUAUGGGCUGCAGCCCGCAAGCGGUGGCAGGCCCAUGCCUGUACCGACACCGAAUUCAAGGCUGCAAGAACCGCUUAUUACCAUGAAAUAAAGGCGGCUAAAAGGACCUGCUGGGAGGUCUUCCUUGCUGAGGGAGGCCCUGGGGGGAAGGAAGAGUGGAAAAAAGGUUCGAACCCCACUGGGAACCCUUUUCCCAAAGGCCCUAGGGAUGGCCUGGAAAAGCCUUCUCCAGGAGAUCCUAAUAGGUGUUGGAUAGCCCUACAGUACACUAAGCCACGGACUAAUCCCACCACCCCAGCACUCCAAGGCCCGGAUCUAGAGGCUCCCCCUGCCACUACCAUGGCCGAUAAAGAAGCUCUAAUCAGGGAAACGGCAUUUCCUAACGCCCCCCGUAGCUCCCCUCCUGGGGAGCUGCCAGGUGGACAGGCCCACAUGCUUAUAACGCCAGAGCGGGUGCAUCAGGCCCUAUUCAGCCAGAGCAUCAAGAAAGCUCCGGGGGCCGACAGGCUCAAUUUUAAAGCAUGCCGGCUACUCUGGGCACUAGACUCGCCCCGAAUCAUAGGGAUGGCUAGGCAGUGCUUUCGGCUUGGGGUGCACCCAGGGGCCUGGAAGACCGCUAAAGGCAUCCUACUUCGGAAGCCAGGGAAGCCCGAUUACACCCAGGUGAAGGCCUGGAGGAUGAUAAGCUUGCUUAGCUGCCUGGGCAAGGUUGUUGAGAAGCUGGCUGCAGGCCUUAUAGCGGACUGGUGUGAGGCCCAGGGGGCUUUACACCCUGGACAAAUGGGGUGCAGGCGGGGCCGUGGGGCUAUUGACGCGGUGGCCUGCCUCGUGCAAACAGUGCACGAGGGAUGGACUCAAAAGCUUCUCACAGGCACUAUCUUUAUUGACGUUAUGGGGGCCUUCGACCAUGUUGACCCCUAUAAGCUUAGUGAGGCUAUGGAAGCUGCAGGCCUGGAUAAUGACCUUAUAAGGUGGACCUUAUCCUUCCUUACAAAUAGAAGGGUCAGCCUCGUAAUUGACGGUUAUAAAGCCCCUGAACAGCCUAUUGACUCAGGGCUGCCCCAGGGCUCACCGGUCUCCCCAAUCCUCUUUCUUAUCUAUAUCCGGGGUGUGUUUCAGGCUAUGGAACAGCAGGUGCCAGGAAUCAAGGCCCUGUCCUAUGCCGAUGACAUAGGCCUGGUAGCCCAGGGAAGCUCGGUCUCUGAGAUCUGCAGGCAGCUAGAAGCAGCGGCAAAAGCUGCUAUUGAGUGGGGACUGGCAGAUAGCGUCAAAUUCGACCCUAAAAAGACAGAGGCCAUCCUAUUCUCUAGGGCCACCAGCAGGGAACAUAAAAAUCAGGUCCAGGAAGCUAGGGUGCAGGUAGGAGACGCUUUAGUGGCAUUCUCCCCAACAGCCAUCCGGUGGUUAGGGGUCUUACUAGAUCCAAAGCUUACCCUCAAAGCCCACUAUAAGUACCGCCUGCAAAAAGGUCAAAAUACUGAAAGACGAGUGCGGGCACUGUGCAAGGCCCAGGGGCUCCCCCCAGGCCUGGCAUGGCGAAUCCAAAAGGCCACCGCGCAGUCAGUGGCGCUUUAUGGGGCCGAGCUUUGGUGGCAUGGGCAAAAGAACUGCCUAGAAGGACUGCAGGGCCUAAUUAAUAACCAGGCCCGGGCAGUCACAGGCAUGCUGAAGUCCACCCCAUUAGGACCGCUUAUAAGGGAGGCAGCUCUGGAACCAGCAGAGGCCCUAUUAGAUAGUAAACAGCGGCGGUAUGCCCUGAGACUCCUAGGACUUCCCCAGGGGCAUCCAGCAGCAGAAAUACUCCCCAUAACGCUUAGGGAGGGAGACGCCCAUGCACAGCCUGGAGAGCAGCCGCUAGAAGACCGAGCUUGGGCAACACCAACCCGCCGAGGCCCCUGGAAGCUGGGCAUGGGCCUGGCCCGCAGGCUACGAGAGGCCUUGACCGCCGACCCCUCCCAGGGCUUUGAGCGUACAAUAGAGCCUGGUAAUAGGUCUAUACCACUAGAUUUCAGGAUAGACUCCCCUGAAACCGCUAUGCAAUUAGCCUCAGACCCCCUAAGUGGGAUAGGGAACACUGACCUUUACUCAGACGGUUCCAGGUUAGACGAUCAGCGCGUAGGCGCUGCGGUAGCUUAUAAGCCACUUAUUGGCCCCUGGAGGUCGCGCCUAGCUCCCCUGGGCGCAGGCUUCGAAGUCUUUGAUGCAGAACUAAUAGGAGUAGUCGAAGCCCUAGAGUGGGCGCUGGCAGAGAAUCUUAGAGGGCCAAUUAGGGUGUUUCUCGAUGCUCAAGCCGCUAUAGGCAGGCUUCAGCAUACCCAGCCAGGCCCUGGCCAAGCCCUGGCGCUGCGGGCACAUGAUCUAGCCAAGGAACUGCAGGCCACCGGCCGCAGGGUUACUAUAUGCUGGGUGCCAGGCCAUAAGGGGGUCCCAGGCAACGAAGAGGCCGAUAAAGCCGCCAAGAAAGCUGCGGGGAAGCCCCGAACAGGCAAAUACUCGGGCAUCUCACUGGCACAUGCUCAACGGGCCUGUACCGAAGCUUAUAGAGCUGCCAGGGCCAACUGGCUUGCUGCAAAGCUUGCAAAGCGUGCCCAGCGGGCAAGCCAGGCCUACUAUCCCCCCCGGGGAUGGAAGCUUGACCCAAUGUUGGCGAACACCCCCAAGCACCUAGCGCGGCGAUAUUACCAGUUCAAGACUGGCCACGCACCAAUUGGGGCCUAUUUGCACCGAAUUAAGGCCCGAGACUUCCCUAAUUGCUUGGGGUGCUCUAGGGGGACUGAGACGGUAAGACACCUUCUUACAAACUGUCGACAGUGGUGCCACCAGCGGGAAAAACUAUAUGCCGGCUUGGCCGAAGCGGGGGUAAAGGCCCUGCAGGAUAGCGAGCAGUGCCCCGAAGCACGCCUAUUCCAGGACCCAAAGGCCACUACAGCGCUGCUGGCGUUUAUAGGGGCCAUUAGGGAGCGAGAGGAUAACCAACAGGCCUGGGAGCAGGCCUAUAAGACUGAUAAUUGGGGCAUUGAGGCCCUGGAUGAGGGAGAGCGAGAGGGGGAAGGAUAG